AUGGAGGUGCUACAGAGGCUUCUGACCCAAGACAUCUUCCUGUGCCCAGAGAAAAUGAUGAGCCAGCAGUCCAGCAGGCUGUCCCAGGCCACCAAGGGCUCUAGGGGCUGCUCUGCUGUUGUGGUGUCUGGCCAGAGCUGUAUCAGCCCCACUAAGUCCCAGUCAGCCUCAUGCUCGGGAGGAGGCAGGACCUCCACAUCCUGUGUCGUGGUAGGGGGUCCCUUUGGCAGCCAGAGCCUGUACAGUCUUCAGGGGAGCAAGAAGGUCUUGCUCAGUGUGGCCAGAGCUUUGGGCCUUGGGGGCUCAGGGGGCUUUCCCCUCAGUAUCCAGGAGGUGACUAUCAACCAGAGCCUCCUUCAGCCCCAGAACAUGGGGAUUGACCCUCAGAUCAGGGAGAUGAAGACCCAAGAGAAGGAGCAGAUCAAGACUCUUAAUGACAAGUUUGUCUCUUUCAUCGACAAGGUACGGUUCCUGGAGCAGGAGAACAAGGUGCUGGGGACCAAGUGGUGCCUCCUGCAGGAACAAUUGACAAUCUCCAGGGCCAGCGCCAAUGACCUGCAACCUUUCUUUGAGUCUUAUACCAGCUGCCUCCAGGCCUACCUGGAUAGGCUGCCGAGUGAGCAGGGUCAGCUAGAUGGGGAACUGAGCACAAUGCAAACACUUGUGGAGGAGUAUAAGAGGAAGUACAAUGAUGAGCUUAAUAAGCGCUCAGAGGCUGAGAAUGACUUCAUGAUUCUGAAGAAGGAUGUGGAUACUUCCUACAUGACCAAAGUGGACUUGGAAAUAAAAAUGGAGAGCCUGACCAGUGAAGUCAACUUUCUGAGAGCCCUCUUUGAAGCUGUCCUGUCAGAAUCCAGUGAUAUGUCCAUCAUCCUGUCCAUGGACAACAACCGGCAUCUGGACCUGGAGAGCAUCAUCACCGAGGUCAAGGGCCAGUAUGAAGAGAUCACCCAGAGGAUCAAGGCUGAGGCCAAGGGGCUAUACGAGGUCAAGCUUGGGGAGCUGCAGACUAUAGCCAACAUGUACGGUUAUGACUUGAGGAGCACCAAGAAUGAGAUUGCAGAGCUCAACAGGAUGGUCCAGAGGCUGCAGACCAAGAUCGAGAGCAUCAAGAUGCAGAAUACUAACCUGCAGGAGACAAUUGCUGACACUGAACAACAGGGUGAAUGGACACUCAAAGAUGCCCAGGCCAAGUUGGCAGAGCUCAAGAAGGCCCUGCAGCAGGCCCAGGAAAAGUUGGCCUAUCUCUUGCUUGACUACCAGGAACUGAUGAACAUCAAGUUGGCAUUGGAUGUGGAGAUCGCCACCUACCAGAAGAUGCUGGAUGGUGAGGAGUGCAGACCAGAUCUGCCUUGGAAGCAGCAGCAGCAGCAGAGAUGGGCCUUAGGCAUGGCGGCGGGGGUGCAGGGCCUAGACUGA